UCGAGUUCCUAGCGAUAAAUCAUCCCCAUCCCAACUUUCUACCGGUACAACCUCGUCUCUUCUCCAUCAGGCCCUGGAAACAUUGACAUUCCAUGAUUCACCUCCGCCUUCACUAGCUGCUCGAUCAGCAUUCCAGCGAACCAAGAUUCCAGAUUUUCGAAGUGGAAGUUUGACGCCUGAGCUGGGUUCCCUAGACGCUGCGAGUCACGAUGAAGAAUAUGAAAGGGAGAGGGUGGCCCUGCACUGACUCCCCAGCUCAUCAGCUCAUUAAACACUUGACACAUACCGAUCGAGAUGAUUCUGAAGCGCAUCUCCUAGCUAUAGGAUACGAGCUCGAAGCGCUUGUAUCGAUCUAUUCUUCCGACGCUAUCAAGCUCGCAGCCGUGACCUCUCGUCCAGCAUCCAUCAUUGAAUCUCGAGACGAACAUGAGGACGCGUCUUUCAACUUGGUCAACGGACUCAACACUGCGUCUAGUCGGCAUAGUCAAUCUCAUCCGUCUGAAGCUUGGACCGAUGCUGUACUACAUGAAAACCUUGGCAUUUCCCCGAUUGAUCGCAUACGGUAUGAACUGUCAAUUCCAUUAUGGGAACCAAACGAUACAUUGGAAGGCGUAAAGUCUGAGGACAUGCCAACAUCUGCACCGCUCAUGCGGAUCUUGGUCAGUCUUGGACCUAGUUAUCCAACACGAGGCCCGCCUCAGCUCCAAUUAUUGGGCAGAUACCUCGGAUCUUUCCCCAUCGAUUCUGGACUGUUCGGAGACAUCACCCGCACCUAUAUCUCCUCCUCCGGCGUCCCCUUUACCCCUGGUGACGUGUGCGUGUUCGAAGGCCUGACCCAUGUUCAGAUUCUCUGCCGAAAAUGGUACGCUGCACACCUAGCAGCAAGUGCCAAGCGAGAAGAAGAGCGACAAUCAAAGCCUAUUCCGACGACGAGGGAAGAGGAAGAAGAAGAAGACGUCGACGAUGGAAAUCACCUCUCUCGUCCUUCACCAUCCCGACCUACGUUCUCGUACACUGCCACUCAUCCCAAUGGAUCGACAGAGGCUCAAGGUGAACCUUCAGCUGGACUCAAGAUACAUCAUUCGGAGCCUAUCGUCGAUCGAAAAUCUACGUUCGUAGGACACGCAGUCAGGAUUACAGAUGAACGAGAAGUCCCUUUGAUCAUUCACGAAUUGCUGAGCGACAAAAAGAUCGCGAGGGCUGCCCAUCCCGCUAUCUUUGCGUAUCGCGUAGUCAGGGACGUAGGUGGGGCAGCUGGUAAAGUGACCACAACGGACCAUGAUGACGAUGGCGAGACACAAGCUGGAUCACGACUUAAACAUCUCCUGGAGAUCCUUGAGCUCGAUAACGUCCUGGUCGUCGUAACGCGGUGGUAUGGCGGCACACUCCUCGGUGCAGACCGUUUCAAGCAUAUCAACCAAGCUGCACGGGACGCCUUACAGGUUGGCGGUUUCCUCGAUGAGGUGUCAAAGGAUAAAGACAAGGAUAAGAAAAAGCGAAAGUAGAACCGACAGGUGACGAUGAUGACUAUGAUGAUGAUGCUGAGACGAAUAAGUGCUCGCUCUUAUACUGUUGAU